GAAGCGAUAUUUUCUGUGUAUUUUUAUGAAAAACUCUAUUUUAUUAAAUCAACAAAGUUACAAUUUUGGUGUUUAGUUGUGAGACGUGAUAAUUUAGUGCCAAAAGUGUGGAUAAGGGGUUCAGCAUCACAUGACCAAUUAGAUCAAUGACUUGAUCCUGGCGGUUGACAAGUUGGGAGUCGGGGCUUCUGCGUUGUCAGCCCUCUCCUUCAUCCCCGGGUGUUAGAAAAUAGAAUAAUAUCCAGCAAACCAAGUCAGCUAAAUGUUGAACAUAGCCAAAAUGCUCACAUCAACAAAUUCAUUGAUCAGUUUAAGGGCUGAAAAGAGUGAACAAAUAUCAGUAUGAUGGACUCUGAGCUUCCCCCGGGCAGCUGCAACUCCACUGGACAUUUGUCCACUAUAGGAUACCAUACUUUGCCAGGGCGAAUGCACCACUCGGCAAGCACGCCCGCGGGGGUGGAUGGAGCGGGUGCUGGUGGCGCACGAACGCCCCCCCUCACGCCCAAGAAAGGCGGCAAGAUGCUUGCCAUUCGAGUUCAGAUGCUGGACGACACUAUAUCCAUGUUCCAGAUACAGUCGAAAGCUCUCGGGCGAGUGCUGUUUGACCAGGUGUGCAGGCAGCUCCACUUACUCGAGGCCGACUACUUCGGUCUCGAGUACCAGGACGCUCACGGGACUAGGUAUUGGCUGGACGUAGAGAAAGCAAUGUGUCGACAAAUAGGGCUAUCAAUGCUGGAACCCACUCUGCGGUUCUGUGUCAAGUUCUACACACCGGAUCCUGCGCGGCUCGAAGAGGAAUUCACAAGAUACCUUUUCUGCCUGCAAGUGAAGAGGGACUUGGCGCAUGGCUGUAUACAGUGCAAUGAGAACACCGCUGCGCUUAUGGCCAGUUACAUCGUACAAGCGGAAUGCGGUGACUUCGUCCCCGAAGACUACCCGGACCAUACGUACUUGAGCGGAUACAAGUUCUUUCCCGGACAAGAUUCGGAAUCGGAACGGCGGAUAAUGGAAAAUCAUAAAAAACACAUAGGUCAGAGUCCUGCGGAAGCCGAUUUGAACCUGCUGGAGACUGCGCGGAGAUGUGAAUUGUAUGGUAUCAAAAUGCAUCCAGCGAAAGACCACGAAGGAGUGCCUUUAAACCUAGCAGUCGCACAUAUGGGCAUCGUCGUCUACCAGAACUUCACUAAGAUCAACACAUUUAGCUGGGCCAAAGUUCGCAAAAUAUCGUUCAAGAGAAAGAAGUUUCUUAUCAAACUACAUCCUGAGGGAUAUGGCUACUUCAGAGACGUAGUGGAAUUCUUCUUUGAAGGGCGCAACGAAUGCAAAAACUUCUGGAAGAAAUGUGUAGAGAAUCACGGCUUCUUCCGCUGCUCCAGCGUACCGCGGCUGCCGAGGCACAAAACAAGGGUCAUGUCGAGGGGGUCUUCGUUUAGGUAUAGCGGCAAAACGCAGAAACAAAUUGUUGAAUACGUUCGCGACAACUACGUCAAGCGGCAAACAUUCCAAAGGUCGGGGUCUUUCCGUGCGUCGCGCUCGGCGGGCGGGUCGCGCGCCAACGUGGCCGCGUCGGCGUCCGCGCCCGCGCCGCUCGCGCACACGGCCAGCGUGUCCGCGCAUCCGCUGCUGCCGCUGCCGCCCGGCUCCGAUGCGAUUUCGCUGGAGUGGGACAAGCAGCCUCACUACCUGGAGGCUUCUCUGAUGAUGAAGGGCUAUCGUCCGGAGGAGGCGCGUGCAGCGGCGCAGGCGGGGCGCACACGCCGUACCUCGGAGGUCGCGACUCGCCCGCCGCUCGCAGCUACCGCUUAUGCUUCCACGAGGGACAAGCUGACAAAACUGUACUACAACCAAAUCGCGGCUCACGAGCAGGUGACGCAUGCAGAGGUCAACCAUCAUCCUACGGAGGAUUCGCCUCUGCCUCAUCGGAUGACGACACCAUUGGUUUCUCCGGAGAGUAUAUGGAGCCAGGCGAGCUUGGCGGGCGCGGCUGGACGCGCACGCGCACCCACUCCGCCACCUCGUGCCCGCCGCAGCAGCCCGCCGCCAGGCGAAACGUCGCCCGAGGAUGAGAACACGAUAUCAUCGGCAAGCCUCUGCAUGUCACCGAGUAUAGAAAAUCGAAGUUCUGCCAGUGCAGUGCCGUUGUGCGCUUCGACGCCGCUCCAGCGUUCGCUGACGAAUGGACAUGCUACACAAGAUAAACAAUGUGAUUCCAUCAAUGGGAAUAUUAAUGUAAAUAUUGUGUCCGAGUCGACUAACAGCAUGGAUGUACUAAGCGGAGGCGAGAGCGACGCAGGCGAUACGUUGAACAGAAGAAACAAUAACAGUAUUACAUCAACAUUAACGGGCACGCUCCGCGAAAACGCGUCCGAACCCAGACGACGCGGCGGCACAGACAUCACAUACUUCGUUACAAAGGAGCUGCGCAUGACCGAACGAACAUACAAGCGGGACUUGGAACUGGUUACUGUGACGUGGUCAAAUAGAGUGUCUCGAAUGGACGCCCCCGGUACGGAUGUGGUGCCAGCUUUAGCCCGUGCGUGUUUAGCUUUGGAACCAUUGGCGCUGCCAGCGGGCGCACUGUUGGCCAAGCUGGAAAGGGUAUUGGCCACACCUACUAGUGAUGAUAAGGAAGAACCAGAGUACAAGAAAAUAGCUGAAAUUUUAUACGAUUUUCUGUGUAAUACUUAUGAGGCUUAUGCAACGUACACGGAACGCGCGGGCACGCUUGUAGGCGUAGUGGAGAGCAUACGACGACGGAGCGCGAUUGCAGAUAAGGAAGUGACUGCAUUUGACACAGUUUCACCAUUGCCGCUGGCGUGUUUACUGCUGCGGCCGCUUCAUCGGCUGUUACAUUUGGAACGGCUCGCUAUCGAGCUAGCCGACGCGUCGAAUAGCACAUCUGCGUUAAAGGCGCUGGACAUCGCGCGGAGGUCAGCCCGCGACGCCAGCGAGCAACUACGACACGUUGAGAACCAUGCAGCGCUUUGCCAAUUUCAGAGGGAUAUUGUUGGUUACGACAAGUUAUUAGUUGCGGAUCGUGAGUUCAUAAGACUUGGCUGCGUUUACAAACAUUCUACUAGAGGAUUGCAACAGAGGAUGCUCUUCUUGUUUAGCGACGUGUUGGUGCUGGCGUCGAAAUCAGGCACUUCACAGUUUCGUGCGCACGCCGCGCUGCCGCUGCACACACUCGAAAUCAAACCCACCGAAUUGCCCCAUUCCUUCACCAUUACCGGCGAAGACGUAAAUCUUCUGCUAAGCGCAAGCAACGAGCAAGAGUUCGGCGGGUGGCUGCACGCGUUAGAGAUGGCAGUAGAAAAGGCUUGCGAAAACCCCGUGCCAGUCGACACUGAACUCACGCCCUAUGAACAAGACGCCGGAAUGUCCUCAAGUUCGCAUAGUUUGAGUAGCGGCAAUACAAGCGGCGGAGCUCUUACUCACGUAUGCUGGCAUCGGGUCACUUCGCUCUCCAGAGACCAUCUGCACCUCGCAAUGAGAACGCAGCUAUCAGGCUACCUGCUACGCAAGUUCAAGAACUCACAUGGCUGGCAGAAACUGUGGGUUGUGUUCGCCGCGUUCACCCUAUUCUUUUAUAAGAGCUGGCAGGACGAGAACCCUCUUGCAUCGUUGCCUUUGUUAGGAUACAACGUGGGCCCACCUGCGGAAAUCGAUGCUAUCCACAAGGACUUUGUCUUCAAACUGCAAUUCAAAAAUCACAUAUACUUUUUUAGAGCAGACAGCCAUUUUACAUACGACAGGUGGAUAGAAGUCCUGCGAACAUCGAUGGUGCAACACAACUGAAACUCGUAACACACGUUGUGAUAAAAGAUCGUGAACGGGUGAAUGGGUUACUCUCAAAAUAUACCACAUCGGUGCCAUGAAGAUAUUGAAAACUUAAAUUAUAUAUUUUUUUGAAAAAUUUACACAGAAACAAAAAUAAUGAACGAAGCAAUAUAAUCUUGCCUUAUUAUUAAAACAUUGGUUGUCAGACUUUUGUCUAUCUCAUAAUUGAGAAUUUAUUAAUACGUCGUCGUGGAUGGUGCUUUAAGGUGGACUUUUGAGUACCUCAUCAUUGGCCGCAGUGACGCCGCGGCUUAUUGUACUCUACGGAAAUGUACAGAUCAUUUGAACUUAGCCGCGUCAGUGAUAUGUAUUCCUAUAGUGCAUAAUGCGGAGUACUCAAAAAGCUGUCUUGAGCAUAGCUCUACACCUGCUAAAAAUUAGAUCUCAUGAUUUCGAAGCUGUCAUCGCAAUCAAAGGUCGCUAUAGGGCUGUCGAGUUGUUCUAUACAGGGUGACAGGUUGAACGAGAUAAAUAUUAAGAUUAUUAAAUAUAAAGAGGCGAAUGAAAUGAAAUUGCUGAUACCCACACCGAAUAUGUAAAAGAAAACACUGCCUUAUUUUCAAAUAUUUUUCUCUAAGUAAAAAACUGCGUUAACAUUUUGUAAUACUCUGCGCGAGAUACCGCGUCAAUAGAACAUGUAGCGAGUGUCCUGCAAGGUCAAAUCAAAUCCUUAGGGCGCAUUUAUUCGACACAAAUUUCAUCGUGCGGAGACCACAUUGCUGCCGCGCAGCGACCGCGUGCGUCGAACUGUCAUGGCAAAGUACGCUCUAUUUGUUUAGCUUUUACGUUUUGACUUAAAUGAGCAUUUCAUGCGCGCGGGCGAGGUUGGCUUGUCUUGGACUACGCGGCGGCCGGGCGGAGGCCGCGCGGUUGUAUUAUUCAGAGGAAUUUAAAUGUUGUUGCGUAGUAAAUAGAAUUCAGAUUCGUCAUUGAUGUACGUGAAAGCGUGGUAACUGGGCGGUUGACGCGCGGCGGCCCCGCGAAGACUGUGCGCGUGAUCAACGGCAGCGACGCACGGGCGGAACAAGGGUGGCGGGGAGCGGCCCGACAAGCCCCGACAUCCGACAAAUGUGAACAUCGUCAUACUUAAUAACGGGCUUUUAUGUUUAGGGGCGAUUUUUUACAUAUCGUCUCUUGGCAAACAACACCGCUUAAAUAAUUUGAAGUAAUUUGAAAGGAGCGUGAAAAACC